AUGAGCGCGAACCGCCAGGAGUUCCAGGAGGACGACUGGACCUUCUACAUCAUCAGCGCCGGCAUCUGCGCCUUCCUCGCGGCGCGCGCGCCGCGUCCGACGGCGCGCCGCCGCCGCCCGCGCGCCUCGCCCCCGCCCCGCGCGCCGCGCCGGGGCGCGCGCGCGCCGCGGCAAAAAACGCCGCGCGUACCGCAGGCCUACGGCAUCGGCGCGAACGACGUCGCGAACGCGUUCGCGACGUCCGUCGGGUCCAAGGCCAUCACGGUGAAGCAGGCCGUCAUGAUCGCGUCGGUCUUCGAGUUCCUGGGCGCCGUGCUCAUGGGCUCCAACGUGUCCAAGACCAUCCGCAAGGGCAUCGCGGACGUGGGCUGCUUCGAGGACAACCCGGGGCUGCUCAUCUACGGCAUGACGUGCGUCAUCAUCGCCGUGGGCAUCUGGCUCAUCCUCGCGUCCUACCUCGAGAUGCCCGUGUCCACGACCCACUCCUGCGUCGGCGGCAUCAUCGGCAUGACGCUGAUGACGCGCGGCAAGGGCUGCGUCAUCUGGAACUACACGCGCAACGACUACGGCAACGGCACGACGAACAUGGCCUUCGAGAACUUCCCCUGGCUCGACGGCGUGGCCGAGAUCGUCGUGUCCUGGGUCCUCUCGCCCGUGGCCUCGGGCUGCUGCGCCGCGGCGCUCUACGGCAUCAUCCGGCUCACGGUGCUCCGCGCGGAGAACGCGUACUGGCGCGCCAAGGUCUCCUUCCCCGUCAUCGUCGGCGCGACCUUCGCGAUCAACACCUGCUACUGGAUCGUCAAGGGCACCAAGGGCCAGCCCGAGCGCUUCGGCACCGCGGGCUUGGUGCGCGAGGCCAAGGCCGGGAAUUUGGUGCCGACGAUCGUCAUCGGCUGCUACGUGGGCCUCGCGGCCGCCGCCUGCGCCGCGGCGUCCCUGCCCUACAUCACGAAGCAGAUCGAGGCCCAGGGGGACCUCGCGGCGCUCCCCGGCGACGACGACGUCGAGGCGACGGCCGCCGACGCGGAGUGCAAGACGCCGCCGAAGGACGACGAGGUGCGCGAGGCGACGAAGGAGGGCGGCGUCGACGUCGCGGGCUACUUCAAGGGCGCCCUGGCCAAGGACCAGUUCGCCGUGCUCAAGACCGACGAGUGCGUCGGCGCGAUUCACGCGAACUUGGAGCGCCACGACGCCAAGGCCGAGGCGUUCUUCCGCUACGUCCAGGUCUUCACGGCGACCGUCGACGCCUUCUCCCACGGCGCCAACGACGUCGCCAACGCCAUGGGGCCCUUCGCCGCGGCCUACGUCGCCUACAAGAAGGGCAAGGUCGUCAAGUCCAACGAGAUGAACGAGGGCACGAUGAUGUGGAUCCUGGCGCUCGGCGGCGCGGGCAUCGUCGUCGGCCUCGCGACCUACGGCUACAAGAUCAUGCGCGCCAUGGGCGUCAAGCUCACGGCCAUCACGCCGUCGCGCGGCUCCUGCAUCGAGCUCGGCGCGGCCUUCGUCAUCAUCUACGGCACGGGCCAGGGCUGGCCCCUGUCGACGACGCACUGCCAGAUCGGCGCGACGGUCGCCGUGGGCCUCUUCGAGGGCGUCGGCGGCGUCAACGUCAAGCUCUUCGCGAAGACGUGCUUCGGCUGGAUCAUCACGCUCGUCGUCGUCGGCUGCACGACGGCCAUCCUCGUCGGGCCCUCGCCGGAGCCCCUCAAGGGCGAGUACUGCGACAACUACGCCGAGGUCCACUACAACUAG